CUCCACCCCCACGGUUAUCGGAGAAGAACCCAAUCAUUACCUUAAAACAUGGCUUCUUCUCGUUUCACGCUGCUCCUGUCUCUGUUCGCCGUCGUUCUCAUCAGCUCCGCCGCAUCGAGCUUCGAUGAGUCCAACCCCAUCAAGCUUGCCUCCGACGGCCUCCGUGAGCUGCAGGACGAGUUCGUCCAAGUCCUCGGCCAUGUUCGUCACGUCCACUCCUUCGCUCGUUUCGCUUUCAGGUACGAGAAGAAGUACGAGAGCUUGGAGGAGAUGAGGCGGCGGUUCGAGAUUUUUGCCGAGAAUAAGAAGUUGAUUCGAUCCACCAACAAGAAGGGCUUGUCUUACAAGCUCGGUGUCAACCGGUUUGCUGAUUGGACUUGGGAAGAGUUCCAGAGGCACAGGUUGGGGGCUGCUCAGAACUGCUCUGCCACCACUAAGGGCAAUCACAAGCUCACCGACGCUGUUCCACCUCUAACGAAAAACUGGAGGGAUGAAGGCAUAGUCACCCCAGUUAAGGACCAAGGUCACUGUGGAUCUUGCUGGACAUUCAGUACCACUGGAGCUCUUGAGGCAGCUUAUGUACAAGCAUUUGGGAAGCAAAUUUCUCUGUCUGAACAGCAGCUUGUGGAUUGUGCUGGAGCUUUCAACAACUUUGGGUGCCAUGGUGGAUUGCCAUCGCAAGCCUUUGAGUACAUCAAAUACAAUGGCGGCCUUGACACCGAAGAAGCUUAUCCUUACACCGGAGCAGAUGGUGCCUGCAAGUUUUCGUCUGCAAAUGUUGGUGUCCAAGUGCUCGACUCUGUCAACAUUACCCUGGGUAAUGAAGAAGAAUUGAAGCACGCUGUCGCAUUUGUUAGGCCAGUCAGCAUAGCAUUCCAGGUGGUCAGUGAUUUCCGAUUGUACAAGUCAGGAGUUUACACUAGUGAGACAUGCGGCAACACUCCAAUGGAUGUGAACCAUGCUGUUCUUGCUGUUGGAUAUGGAGUGGAAGACGGUGUCCCAUACUGGCUCAUCAAGAACUCUUGGGGACAAAGCUGGGGUGACAAUGGCUACUUCAAGAUGGAGUAUGGAAAGAACAUGUGUGGCAUUGCAACUUGUGCUUCCUACCCUGUUGUAGCUUAAGUCUCUUACCAGAAGCAAUGGUGAUCUUUAUGUGGAUAAUAUGUAAUACAAGAUUCAUCUUGUUUCAUUCUGGGAUAUAGAAGGGUUCCAACAUUAAAGUGAAGAAGAGCUACGAUGUUGUGGUUAAUAUUGUAAUGUUUCUCUUGAUGCAAGAAUAAGAGUUCAUUCAGAAUUGUACUUAUGGCCAUUGUAAUGCAGACAGCAAAGACUUAUUUUAUUCUGUCAAAUGGCUUCGCCAAAACAUUAUCAAUAGUACAGUUCUAAUACUUGAGGUUA